AUGGCAGCUCCUGUUACAGCCUCUGACCACCAGGUGAAGCCUUUCGGCUUGCGGAAUGCUCCAGCCACCUUCCAGAGGCUAAUGAAUCGGGUGGUCUCAGGUCUGGAAGGGUGUGCCGUGUAUUUGGACGACGUGGUCGUCUACUCAGACUCCUGGGAGGAGCAUGUUCGGAGAGUGCAAGGCCUGUUUGAAAGACUGGUGUGGGCCAGGUUGACUAUUCAUUUGGCAAAAUGUGAGUUUGCCAAAGCUACAGUCACAUACCUAGGCAAGGUUGUUGGUCAGGGAUUUGUCUGUCCCGUGGAAGCCAAGGUUCAGGCUGUGAAGCAGUUCCCACAGCCCUCCACAAAGAAAGAACUGAUGCGCUUCCUGGGAAUGGCGGGGGGCCUGUUCUUCCAGUGUGAUCUCUCUGACAGGCACCUGUUCUUCCAGUGGGAUCUCUCUGACAGGGGCCUGUUCUUCCAGUGUUACCUCUCUGACAGGGGCCUGUUCUUCCAGUGUGAUCUCUCUGACAGGGGCCUGUUCUUCCAGUGUGAUCUCUCUGACAGGGGCCUGUUCUUCCAGUACGACACUCCAUACACAGACAUGAUGCCUCGCAUCUUCCUCAUCUGCUUGAGUUCUCUGCUCCUCCUCCUCUUCCUCUCCUCCUCUGCGCUUUCGGAACCCCGCCGACGGUCGUCAUCCUCACCACGCAGCAGGACCGCGCGCGCUCCGGUUUCAAAGGUGCGCCUGGCGGGAAACUUCGCCCGGGGACUGAACGAGGGUCGCGUGGAAGUGCUUCACAACAGCACGUGGGGGACGGUGUGUGAUGACGACGUGGAUAUCAACCUAGCCAAAGUCGUUUGCCGCGAGCUGGGCUUUCAGACCGGCAUCACGUGGGCCCAUAGUGCCAAAUAUGGAGAGGGUGAUGGUCCUAUCUGGAUGGACAACGUGCGUUGUGACGGCACAGAGAAGACUGUGAAAAACUGUAAACAUAACGGCUGGGGUGUCAAUGAUUGCAAGCACUCUGAGGACCUUGGCGUGGUCUGCAGUCCGGAGCGACGACUGGACCAGGUCACGGGGUCACGUAAUGGUCAGUCAGUGGCCCUGCGUCCGGAUGUCAGCGUCUCGCCCCAGUGGCAAAGCAUCCUGGCCAGCCGCAGUAACCCCCGACAGGCCCAUCAUGGGAACGGACACCCUCCAGAGAGGCCCAGCCCGAGACAGCACCACUACAACCCGUAUUCCAGCAAGGUGCGUAUCCAGGAGGUGCGUCUGCGGCCCAUCCUGAUGCACACUAAGAAGCGGGCCCUGAUCACUGAGGGCGUGGUGGAAGUAAAGCAUGCUGGGAGAUGGAGGCAGGUGUGUGACCUGGGCUGGAACCUCAACAGCAGCAGAGUGGUGUGUGGAAUGCUGGGGUUCCCUGAGGCAGAACUACACAACGAAAGAACAUACAAGAAAAUCUGGGACACCAAGCUUGCCGAUCCAUCCACAAAGCUGAGCCUCAUGGCUAGUAAGAAGAGUUACUGGGUAGAGAAGGUUCACUGCCUGGGGUCAGAGACCAGCCUAUCAGAGUGUCACACUCAGCUGUCCAUCCCACUUAGCCCUUCCCCCUGUAAGAGCGGGAGACACGCAGUGGCGAGGUGUGUACUGGGAACACAGUUUGCGCGCAUGUCAUCUGGAAGACCCCAGGCACCCCACCCAAUUGUACCGGUGCGUCUGAAGGCUGGCCCCAGGCUGGGCGAGGGCCGUGUGGAGGUGUUGAAGGAGGGGAAGUGGGGUACCAUCGUAGACCACCUGUGGGACCUCAACUCAGCCAGCGUGGUGUGCAGGGAGCUGGGCUUCGGAACUGCCAAGGAGGCCCUCACAGGAGCUCACAUGGGACAAGGUACUGGUCCUAUCCAUAUUAACAGUGUCCAGUGUUUGGGGACAGAGAAGUCUAUCCUAGAAUGUAACUUCCAGGAUGCCCCUCUAUGGACGUUCAAACACACCCAGGACGCCUCAGUGCGCUGCAACGUCCCCAAGCUUGGCCUGGACAGCACGGUGCGGUUGGCGGGAGGCAGGGAGCCAGGUGAGGGCCGUGUGGAGGUACUGAUGGAUGUAGGGGGUCGUAAGAGAUGGGGGUCAGUCUGCAGUGAGAACUGGGGGAUCAACGAAGCCAUGGUGGUCUGUCGACAGCUGGGUCUGGGGUUCGCAUCUCGAGCACACCAGGAGACGUGGUAUUGGGCUGGGGAUCCUAACGCAGCAGAGUUGGUGUUGAGUGGAACCCACUGUGUCGGAACUGAGCUGUCAAUCCAACAGUGUCGCCGUAACAACCACAUCCACUGUCCCCGGGGUGGCGGGACUAAGGCUGCAGGGGUCACCUGUUCAGAGACUGCCCCUGACCUGGUAUUAGAUGCCCAGUUGGUCCAGGAGACAGCCUACCUGGAGGACCGCCCCUUGCACCUCCUGACCUGUGCCAAUGAGGAGAACUGUCUAUCGUCCUCUGCUGCCAGAAUGAACUGGCCCUAUGGACACCGCCGCCUGCUACGAUUCUCCUCCAGGAUCAUGAACACGGGACGGGCCGACUUCAGACCUAGCGCUACCAGGGAGUCUUGGACCUGGCAUGCGUGUCACAGGCACUACCACAGCAUUGAGGUGUUCACCCACUAUGACCUGCUGACUCUGAAUGGGACCAGGAUAGCAGAGGGACACAAGGCCAGCUUCUGUCUGGAGGAUACAUACUGCCCUGAAGGUCUGCAUAAGCGUUUCUCCUGCUACAACAUGGGCGAGCAGGGUAUCUCAGUGGGCUGCUGGGACACGUACCGCCACGACAUCGACUGUCAGUGGAUCGACAUCACCGAUGUCAAGCCUGGAGACUACAUAUUCCAGGUGGAAGUCAACCCCUCAUUAGACAUGGCUGAGUCGGACUUCCAGAACAACGUGAUGAGAUGUCGAUGCAAAUACGACGGACACAGAGCGUACAUGUAUGGAUGUCACGCAGGUGAUGCGUACAGUGCAGAGAUUGAGGACCUGUUUGAGCACCAAAGGCAGAUCUCCAAUAACUUUGUCUAG